CAUCACCAUCGGCCUGAACCCCAAAAUCGCCUUGCACCCUUCCACACACGAGACUUUUUGCUGUGCGCCCACGACCGCGCCCUGCGCCGCGCACGCACAACCAACGGCAGACAUCACUCACUCGCUCGGCCGCUCACCCACAGACAACAGACGCGCGCGCGCCGCAUCCCGCCGGCAUUCAUCAUGAGCGACUCUCGUCGCGGCCGGCGGCCCAACAGCCACCAAAUGUGGGACGACACCGACCGCGACCGACAACAGCCCCGCGAGCGCGACCGUGACAUGCGGGACCGCCGAGGGUACCGCUCAAGGUCGCGUGAGCGCUCCUCACCAGAUAGACGACACAGAGAUCGCGACGCUCCAUCGGACAGGGGACGCGGCGGCGGCGGCGGCGGUGGCAGGGGCCGUGGCCGUGACCGGGAGCCGCGCGCCCGGUACGACGACAGGGACCGGCGCGAUCGCGACCGCCGGGAAGACCGACGAGACGACUACCACGACAGGGAUGGCUACAACGGCGGCGCCGCGCGACGGCGCUCCGCCUCCCCGCGAAGUGCCAGCCCCGCCAGCGGCCUGCCUACGCGCUCCCGCCCGCGAGACUCUCCCCACGGCGACGACAAACCCGACUCGCGGCGCCGCAGCCGGUCGCCCCGCGCUGCACGCCACACAUCGGACCGAUCCCCCCAGCGGCGGCGGCGCGGCGGCGGCGACAAGGGUGACGCCAUGGACGUGGUGGAGCAGGGAAAGGACGACGACGGCGAGGCGGUCGAGGAGGAGGGGGAGGGGGAGGGGGAGCUCGACCCGGACGCCGCCGCCAUGCAGGCCAUGCUGGGCUUCGGCGGGUUCGGCACCACCAAGGGCAAGAAGAUUGCGGGCAACGACGUCGGCGGCGUGCGCAAGGAGAAAAAGUCCGAGUACAGGCAGUACAUGAACCGGCAGGGCGGGUUCAACCGGCCGCUCAGCCCGUCGCGAUGACGGAAAAAAAAACGCCAGCGGCAGAGAGGAGCGGUCGGUCGGGGCGGCAGCAGCAGCAGCAGCAGCACGGCGCGUACCCGUUUGGCUUGGGAUGGAACCUUUGGCACGUCGCGCCGCAGCAGUGCUUUUCGUGCAUGGUUGGCGGUGGUGGUUGUUGGUUGCGUGGCGUUGGUCUGGAGCGGCGCAAUGGGACAUGCGACUUUUUCUUUCGUGCAUCUUGUCGGUUAUAUCAACUUAAUACAUGAUAUUAAACGCC